CUGACCUGCGGAAGUUUCCAAGCUGCAGAGCCAAGCAGGCGCGAUGCUCUCGCUGAGGAAGCGGCUGCGGUGGCGGCGGCCUUGGGGGCUCGGGGUCCCGGGGGUCGCCGCCUUGCUGGCGUGCGCGGCGGCCUGCGCCCUGGCGGAGCGGGCGCCCGCGUGCCGGGCGGCGGGGCUGAGCCCGUAUUUCGGUACUAAGAGUCGCUACGAGGACGUGGCGAGGCCGGCGCCGGGGCCCGCGCCGGAGCUGGGGUCGUGCGUGCCGCUGCAGCUCGUGGCCGUGGUGCGCCACGGCACCCGCUACCCUACGGCUAAGCAGGUGGGCCGCCUGCGCUCGCUGCACGGACUGCUCUUGCGAACGGGACCGCCGGGGCCAGGGCUGGCGAGCGCGCUGGCGCGCUGGCCGCUGGCCUACGAAGACUGGAUGGACGGGCAGCUGGUAGACAAGGGCAACCAAGACAUGCGGCAGCUGGCCACCCGCCUAGCCACGCGCUUCCCCACGCUUCUCGGCCGUGCCGGCCCAGCCAGCGUGCGCUUCGUCACUAGUUCAAAGCCACGCUGCGUGGACAGCGCCUCCGCGUUCGCGCAGGGCCUCUGGGAGCAGCUGCACCCUGAGCGCCCGGCGCCCGAUCCCGCAGAUAUGGAGUGGGGACCACCUAGGGUAAAUGAUAAACUAAUGAGGUUCUUUGAUCAUUGUGAAAAGUUCCUAGUGGAGGUGGAAAAGAAUGAUUCAGCUCUUUAUCAUGUAGAAGCCUUCAAAAAUGGACCAGAAAUGCAGAAAAUUAUAAAGAAAGUUGCAGCUAUUUUGCAGGUGCCAGCAAGUGAUUUAAAUGCAGAUUUAAUUCAAGUUGCCUUUUUUUCCUGCUCAUUUGACUUGGCUAUUAGAGACAUUCAGUCUCCCUGGUGUGAUGUCUUUGACACAGAAGAUGCUAAGGUACUGGAAUACCUCAAUGACCUGAAGCAAUAUUGGAAAAGAGGGCAUGGCUAUGCAAUCAACAGCCGGUCCAGCUGUACCCUGUUUAACGAUAUAUUUCGGCAUUUGGAUGAAGCUAUGGAACAGAGGCAAAAGUCUCAGCCCAUCUCUUCUCCAGCCAUCUUCCACUUCGGCCACGCGGAGACGCUGCUGCCGCUGCUCUCCCUCAUGGGCUACUUUAAGGACAAGGAGCCCCUGACCGCGUACAAUUACAGGGAGCAGACGGGCCGCCAGUUCCGGAGCGGCCACAUCGUGCCCUACGCGUCCAACCUCAUCUUUGUGCUCUACCAUUGCGAGCGGGCCGAGACGCCCGCCGGGCAGUACCAGGUGCAGCUGCUGCUGAACGAGAGGCCGCUGCCUUUCGUCCACUCGCCGGACACCGUGACGGCCUAUCAGGACCUGAAGGACCACUACAGGGACAUCCUGCAGAGCUGCCGCUCGGACCAGGAGUGCGCCCUGCCCGGCAUCAACAUCACUUCGGACGAGCUGUGAGCGCCGUCGGAGCCGUCGGCCCGUGACGCAGGCAGGUAGAAGUUGGCUGCGGAGCUGGGGCUGGGGUGUGGGCAGAGAGCGCGAGGAAACCGCGCUGAGCGCGCGGGUCGGUGGCAAGAGCGACUCCCCGCUCUCAGCGCGAUCUAGACUGGUUUGUGAGUUGGCUCAGCACGCCACUGGGAACUACCCGUCAUGAGACUGUCUCUCGGGCCGGAGGCAGGCGAGUCCGCAGAGGCUCGUCCUGGAUAACGCUUUGAUCAGAAAGGGGGCCGCUGGGACGGCGGCUUUCUGGGGAAGAUGGCUGGCCCCUCCAUUCCUGUCCUGACUACGCUUACAUUUGGAAUCAUGGAGGAAGGAGCGCGUUGGCUCCCGCUCCGUUCAUCAUGGCUGUGAUCAUCCUUAUUCGCAUUGUAUUUUCAGUUGGGGCUCGGCCCUGCCUGCCAAACUGUCGUCAUCCGCACUCGCUUCGGGAUUCUGAUGCUGCGCUGAGUAGCUGGGAGAGCGUUUGUGUUGGUGAUGAUGGCGGCGAGGACGGCCCGGACCCCGGGGCAGCCUCAGUCAGAGGCGGGGUUCUGCUUUGUGGUCUCCUUUGGUGCGUGCUCCGAGUGCAGGGCGGGGGGUGGAGCUCCAGAGCCUCCGCUGCCACGCCAUUCGAUGGGGUUAGAGGCCGCGGAUAUGGCGAUAGAGCGUUUUGUUAGCCUUGUUGGAUUAGGUGCAGAAAACCAGGACUAACCCAGAUCUCAUGGGGGAGGGAACAAUCAAAGGAAAUCGUACUGCAGACACGCACGGAUUCCCCCCAGACGAGGGGUGUCUAACGGGCUGGCCCCGGAGCCUCCUCACACCUGGAUCCUAGUCUGGGGGCAGGCGCCGACGGAGCGCUUCCUGGGUGCCAGACGGGCGUCGGGUGGAAGCAGCCCUCCUUACGGGGAGCCUCCAUUCUCAUGGGAAGGCAGGGCAAAAAAGAGCUGGGGACCGGCCUUCCCCCGGGUCCACCGGACCCCCCCAGGGAAAGGGAGGCUCUUGUGGCUCCUCCAGACCCCGCGGCACCGCGUGAGUGAGAAGGGUUUGUGUGUGCAGAACACCUCCUUGGCCCUCCCCACGAGCACCCGGAGUCCAGGCACUUCCCGGUCUCCGCUCGGCGCUGCACACUCAUCCUGACGGUCAGGGGCGUUAGGGAUGUGGGAGGCGGGCAGCCAGGGAGCCCGAGGGCCGGAGAGAAGCAUUUUCCCGUUAAAGCCCUGCUCGUGGGGCCUGCCCUGCCGAGGGCGUUUGCCUACAGACGGACCGACGGGCCCUCGUGAGAGGCGGCUUUGGUCACCCGGCACGGACUGCCUUUUAAAAAAUUAGGUUCAGAGAAAAGGAUCUAUGGGGGGUCCCAAAGAAAGGAAAUUCCAGAAUGAUUCCUCCAGGCCCCUCAGUGGCACAGAGGUGUGGCCGAUGGCUCUAGGUGCCUGUCAGGGGCUGUGGUGGUUAGCGCUGACGUGCAGCUGUACUUCCAGACUGGAGGCUGGCCAGGGUGGGUGGGGUAGGCCCAGCCGAGCCUUCUCACACGUUCCCUGAAGCUGUCUGAAGGGGGGCCCAAAGGAAAACAGCCCGCUGCCCCUGAUGGGCCAUUCUGUAGAAAUCCAAUGAAUUUAGCACUUCCUAGUAAGUUUAAUCAGGGAGAAAAAUGGAGAAUGAUGCAUAAUUGUUUCAAAAUAGACGGACAGAUCUGUGCUUUCCUAAAAUCCUCGGACCAAGUAUGAACUUGGGUCUUUACACCAACUUUGGCUAGAUGGGAUGACCCUGGAAUAUUACUAACCCUCUAAAGUGAAUUUACUGAACUCAAGAAAAUGAACCAAAAAAGGACACUUUGUGUACGAGUUCUUUGUCCUUAGGGCCCAGUAGGACCAACAAAGCAUGCUUGCAUUCAUUAGCCCCCAAGAUCCUGGGGGGGGGGGCAGCAGUUAGCUGGCCCUUGUUACUGAGGCCUCCUAUUCUAGGAAACUUGGGGGAUUCUUGGCUGUGGUGCUAUUUCUCCUUCCUUUCAGAAAUGACUGAAGCUAAAAUAUUUUUUGGUGAAAUUUAAUGGCAAUACAUAAAAGUGAUCUCUGGGCUUGUCAGAAGCAGGCCAUUUAUGUGACAAGAGAGACUGAGUGUGACCCUACGGACGUGCUUUUGGAAAUGCUGUUGGGUUAUCCAUUGGUCUCUUCUAGUCACUGUCCACAUCUCUGUCUAGUGCAAGACUGAAAUGAGCUGGAGUCAUAAACAAUGAAAUACAGUGUACUGUUUACCAAAAUAGCAAAACUUGGGGUUUUCCGUGUCUUAUACUUUGAACUUGCUGUGCAGGGAACAGUCAUUUGGUGUUUACUUUGUGUUUAAGCUUUAAGUUUAGCCUUCCCAGUAAAAUGGAAGUAUAUGCAUUUAGAGCAAUUGGGUAUUUGGAACUUUGCACAGGUCCAGAUCACCUUACUGUCCUGGAAAGCUUUUUAGAGCACUUGAUACUAUUUAUAUGUGAUUUGUGUGAUUGGAAUUGACAGUCUUUAAGCUUGAAAAUAAAAACUCCUUUUGGACCUCA